UGUACAGGCAGACAAUAAGGGCCAAUCGGUGGAGGGCCAUAAAAAGGAUAGACGCACACAGACAGCCAACAACCCUGGACACAGACAGCCAACAACCCUGGACAUAGACAGCAACCAACAGUUGUGGUGCAUUUAGGAGGACUGUGCUAUCCCAGGCUUCUCCUUGAUGCUGUACACUUUAGCAGGAGGGGGUACACUCUGUGGGGUGGCCUCCCUCGUGCUCCUCAUCGUGUCCACGGCAACCGACUUCUGGAUGCAGUACCGCUACUCGGGAGCGUCGGCCAAUCAGGGCCUCUGGAGGUUUUGCAUCAAUCACAAGUGCCACGCCCACACCAUCACUGUGGCCUUCUGGGAUGCGACAAGGGCCUUCAUGCUGCUGUCUGUGCUGAGCUGCUUUGCUGGCGUAUUGCUGGGCCUGAGUGCCUUCGGCAACGGCACCAAGAGCAGGAGGGUUCGGACUGGGGGCUUCGCUCUGCUCCUGUCAGGUUUCCUAGCUCUGUUAGCUCUGGCCAUCUACACUGGCGUGACGGUCAACUUCUUUGGCAAGCGCUUCCUUGAUUGGCGCUUCUCCUGGUCCUACAUCGUAGCUUGGGUGGCCAUCAUCUUAUCUUUCGCUGCUGGUGGGUUCCACCUCUGUGCCUAUCAGAAGAACAUUGCCGAACCGCCUCCUACCAAUGUUCAAGAAAGCUAAAUGGGAAGUAAUCGUUUACCUGCACACUAAAGAAACAGCUCCCAACCACUCGUCUUUACUAUUGUCACUGAUAGCGAUGUGACAGCAGCUGUGGAAACAACAUGUCUGGCAAAAUCUGCUGAACAGAAUAAAUAGGACUGAUUGACUCCA